UAAUUCUUAAUUAUUUAAUUAUUUAUCGUAUUUCGUAUAAAAAUUUAUAUAUAAAUAUCAUAAAUAUUUAGAAAAAAAUAGAACAAAUGUGUAUAUGUGUGAAUUGAGAUUGUGCGUGAUUUAAAAAAAAAUAAACAAACCCGACCGCCAACAUAACCCCCAAUACGUGGGGGUUAUCCAUGGAUAGAAAAACCAUAUAUGUGUCUCCAGCAAGUCGAGGAUAUUUUUUCCAGCUCUAUUUAUUUGUACCCUGAUUCCAGGAAAGUAUUUUUUCUUGGGGGACAUAUCACAUAUCACGAAUUUGCCGAUUUUGGGUGCAGUAGAAUGAAUUCGGAAGUAUUGGCAAUACGCGAUGUCGAUUUGGAAGAUGGCGAGCUUUCGGAUAGCUCGGAUGAAGUAUAUAUACCACUUCAACGCCCAGUAUUGACCAAAACAGCUCCAACAACACCUACUCCCGCCUCCAAUAACUAUGCGACUAAUUUGAACAAAAUGGAUGAUGACUGUCAGGGAGGUGAUAAUUUUAGUAAAGCAACAAACGAUGAAGAAUGUCAAAGCGAUAGCUCAAGUUCAUCAUCCUCAGAUGAUUCUUCAGACAAUUGCUUGACAAAGGUGAAAAAAGAAAAGAAGAGUCGCCCAAAAAAGCACAUAAAACGCACCGUAAUGGUACGAAUUAAUGCCACGGCUGAAGACGGCACGGAACAAAAGAGAUCGCGAUUUAAGAAGUAUGACAUUUGGACAGCUGCUUUACAGGAAGAUGCCUUAACAGAAAACAUGCGGGGUUGCGACGUGACCCAGAAUGGUUUUGGUGAUCGCAAUGUUGAAAGUUAUGACUUCUCACUGCACUACCGUCUUUACGGAGGUAACAGCCUUAAACGUCGCCUUUCCGGAGAUGAAGACACGACGGACAAUGAGCAACAACAACCACAAAAUAAACGUCAACGGCCAUCGAGUCGUGGCGAAUGUAAUAGUCGAUCAUCUUCAAAACAAUCUGUACACCAACGAUUAGGUAAAAAAAGAAACGUUCGAGACAGCCGAUAUUCUUCAACGAAUAGCUCUGAUUCGUCUUAUGAACCACGCCUCAUUGAAGAUCUUGAAGAGAUAGAGGAUCGUAGCGCAGUAGAAGUGGCCCGUGAAAUGGCCAAAAAAUUGCACGAAGGAAAGGAUGACUUAAUAGUUAGGAUUGUGGAAGUAUUAGGUCUUGAAUUGCCCUUAAAAAUAUUUAAGGAAACUCAGCGCAUUGAAGCCGAUGGCGGAAUGACCAUAAAGAAUGGCCAGAGGCGUCGCACGCCAGGCGGUGUAUUUCUAUUUCUAAUCAAACACAAUGAAACCUUAAGUGCCGAUGAUCAAAAAGCCAUCUUCUCAGAAGAUCGAACAAAUGCCAAUAAAAAACACAAAGACAUGAAAUCAUUAAUGCGUGAGCGUAAAGUGGAAGAGUUGAAAAAACGCCUCAGUGAACAAGGGGCAGAAUUGAAUGCACCAUUGUGCACACGCAAAGAUCUAAUAUUAAUGGGCGAUGAAGCUCUGAAAGAACAACAAAAAGGCAAUCUGUCUAAUCCCCCACCAUCUCCAGAAGCAGCGGAACAAAGUCCCGAAUAUAAAUCCCUACCCAUAAAUGUGGUAAGCAAUGAAAAUGUGGAGCCAACGGAAAAACCGUCGACUUCUCGCGGUGGUGCUGCUGCAUCUGUUGAAGAAUUUAAAACCUAUGAAGAUGAUUUUCUGGACGUACAUUGUGGAGACAUGGAUUUCUUUUGAAAAAAAAAAAAAAAAAACAUUACCUAUGUGUACUUAGAUAAUUUUCUAUAUAUAUUGUAUAGCUAUAUAAAUGUUUAUUUUCAAUAGUAGAUAUCACAUGAGGUGAAACGUGUAAAAAUAAAAAAGAAGCAUAACAAACAAUUUGUUAACACAAA